CGGAAGUUAAUCAGAGCCGGCCGCUUGCCGACAUAUUGAUUCGGUGCAAAUCCGCCCUGUGCAUAUAUUUCGCGUUAUUUCACCAGUAAUCAAUCAAUUCGAUAUUUUUCCAGUUGAUUCGUUCCGUAUACAUGAUUUUAUAUCAAAGGAUAUUGGUAGAAAGAAAUGAUCGGUCGGGUAGAAUAGCAGUAGGCGAGGACCGGGGACUUGGCGAGAAGUGCGCCACUAGUUGGUUAUCGCGGCCAUUACGCGAGCGGUCGAAGGCGAUCGUUGCGCGACGGUAUUGCACCAGUUUGAUUCGUGUUCGUAAGACGAGAUCGAAUCAUCGCUAAUCUUUUUAUCUUGUGUUCAAUUUUCCAAAAUCCUGUUGGAAAAUAGGUAGCUAGAGCGUCGACAUGGGUAAGGAGAAGAUUCAUAUAAACAUCGUGGUGAUCGGUCACGUUGAUUCGGGCAAGUCGACGACUACCGGUCAUCUGAUUUACAAAUGCGGUGGCAUCGACAAGCGCACGAUCGAAAAGUUCGAGAAGGAGGCUCAAGAAAUGGGCAAGGGCUCGUUCAAGUACGCCUGGGUAUUGGACAAGCUAAAGGCUGAACGCGAGCGUGGUAUCACGAUCGAUAUUGCCCUGUGGAAGUUCGAGACUGCGAAAUAUUACGUGACGAUCAUCGACGCGCCUGGGCAUCGCGAUUUCAUCAAAAAUAUGAUCACCGGGACGAGUCAAGCCGAUUGUGCCGUGUUAAUAGUCGCGGCUGGUAUUGGUGAAUUCGAAGCUGGUAUAUCGAAGAACGGACAGACGCGCGAACACGCUUUGCUAGCGUUCACGCUUGGGGUUAAGCAGUUGAUCGUUGGAGUGAACAAGAUGGACAUGACCGAUCCCCCAUAUUCGGAGGCUCGUUUCGAAGAAAUUAAGAAAGAGGUGUCAUCGUACAUCAAAAAGAUCGGUUAUAAUACAGCCUCGGUUGCGUUUGUACCGAUCUCCGGAUGGCAUGGGGAUAACAUGUUGGAACCCUCGCCAAAGACACCGUGGUACAAGGGAUGGAAAGUGGAGCGCAAAGACGGUAACGCUGAUGGAAAGACCUUGAUCGAAGCCCUUGACGCUAUAUUACCGCCGUCCAGACCUACCGAUAAGGCUCUCCGUUUACCGCUUCAGGACGUUUACAAGAUCGGUGGUAUCGGUACUGUGCCGGUUGGUCGGGUGGAGACCGGUAUUUUGAAACCAGGUAUGCUGGUAACAUUCGCUCCAGCAGCGCUCACCACCGAAGUGAAAUCGGUCGAGAUGCAUCACGAGGCAUUGACGGAGGCGUUACCCGGGGACAACGUCGGGUUCAACGUGAAGAACAUCUCUGUGAAAGAGUUGAGGCGUGGUUACGUGGCGGGAGAUUCGAAAAAUCAACCGCCACGGGGGGCAGCCGAUUUCACAGCGCAGGUGAUCGUCCUCAAUCAUCCUGGACAGAUCAGCAACGGUUAUACGCCUGUGCUCGAUUGUCACACCGCUCAUAUCGCUUGCAAAUUUGCGGAGAUCAAGGAAAAAUGCGACCGUCGUACAGGAAAGACCACCGAGGAGAAUCCGAAGAGCAUCAAGAGCGGAGAUGCCGCGAUCGUAAUGUUGCAACCUACUAAACCGAUGUGCGUCGAAGCUUUCCAAGAAUUCCCUCCGCUUGGUCGCUUCGCGGUUCGCGACAUGCGUCAGACUGUCGCUGUGGGCGUGAUUAAGAGUGUCACCUUUAAAGAUACCCAGGGCAAGGUCACAAAGGCCGCGGAGAAAGCCCAGAAGAAAAAGUAACCAUCAAGCUUCCUCGGAAGCUCGCAGUCCGCCGGCUGGUGCCCGACGAGUGUCUCCUCCGCGAGGAGGUCCUUGGAUAGGAUGCAGUGUGCCGCGGCUGCUCCAUUCAACUCAUACUCGACUAAUAAUAAUAAUACAAAAAAUGAAAAGAUGUUGUGCUUACCCCCGUUACAUUAUCCGGUAGUAUUGAAUCCGCGCAUCUAUCCGAAUUUGCACAUUCAGUUCACCCAUGCCCCGCGCACACCCCACAUAUGCUAGGUGGAUUCUUACGUUUUUACUUAAUUCUUUACAUUGACGAAUAUGUGUCCAAUUACAGGUAAACAACCAUUUAAAGAUGAUAAACGUAUAUAAAGUAAAAAGAAAAAAAAAAAAGAAAAAAAAA